CCAACAUCGUCGACGACAUUUACCUCGCCAGCGGCCUCCCUCGUCCUCGAAACCUAGACUCGGUAGCACACGCCCGGUCCGCUCCUUCCCAACAGUCCAGGAGCCUCGGAAGCAAACUGCUCCUCCAGCCACGGCACUCUCUCGACUUUUCACUGGGCGGACGCCGUCCUCAGAGCCGUCAUGGCUCGGGCGAUGCAACCAACGGAUGCCCUCGGCACUGCCUACCAUGCGGGCACUCCAAUGGACGACUCUCUUCACAGCCAUGCCUUCCUGGUGCAAGAAGAGCCCCCGAGUCCUCGAACCCGCCGCGCCUUCGUCCGCAGGUCUCGCAGCCUGAAGCUGCCGUCCAAUUAUACCAUGUACUCUUCCAAGAACUUUGCUCCGCGGGUCGACUCGAGGCGGCAGGCAGCGUCGGCAUCGAAUUCGCCGCAGGGAAGCCCGACACACCGUUCUUUCGAGCAGGCCGAUUACAGCGACACCAUGAUCUCCUCCGCAGCCUCGACGUCAUUCACGCAAAACACGCGAUCCUCAAACUCGACAGCGCUAACCGCCAUGUCCUCCCAUACCGACGACUUCACGUUGCCUUCGCCGGUCCCGUCGCCAAGGUGGGAUUCUAUGGGCUACAAGCAACCAUACAACACCCAUGACUACACACGGUCGUCUCCGAUCGAGUCCCACGAUUCUUCAUUAGCCUGGGAAACUCGAGAUGAAUUCCCUACGAUGUAUUCUCAGCCGAGCUCCAGAAUCGUCAGCGCCGAAUCGGCACCCGUCGAAAAUUUCUCUCGGCCGAGGAAUGCCAGCAUAAAACAGCAACAAUGGUCAGACCCGUCCAGGCUGCGGUCAGCUUCUAAUAUUGUUCCUGAGCAUGACGCACCCAGCGCCGCCGCAAGGCACCGGGAUCGAGGGCAAUCGAAUUCAUCGAAUCAAUCUGCGGCCACAUAUGCAUCUCUGCCAACACGAACAGCUCCUGAUUACUACCAGCGUGAUGCUCACCGUGGUCGUCCGGCACGUCCUAACCCCGCUCCCAAUCGGCAACUAUUACCAUUUUCUCGUGCUGAGAGCAGUGGCCCAACUUUUGCACGUGACCCCUUGCCUCGCAUGGCAUCUAUGCCUUCUGACGAGCUUCGGUCGAGCUACCGGUCUCAACUUACCUCUUCUACCGUGCCAGGUACUUUUGCGACAGAAACUGAGCGCAGCAGUGUCCUGACCAAGUACAGUUCAGUGCUAUCGGUGUACGACGAUGUUGACGAUGGCUUCAGCGUGGACGAUGUUAUGGGCAUGUACGAGAAAGGCUUUGACGACUCUGGCGACGAGGACAAUGGCGUGGAUGACUCCAGACCUACCACGAGCAGAACUGAGCAGGUCAGCAGCGGCUCAACAUUUCACGGCAUCGAGGACGUAUUACCACAACCGCCCAGGAUCGGUGGGCCGCCAGAGGACGAGCCUCUCGUAAGGGACUCCGCAGCAUUCUUUCGUCCUUUAGCGGAGUCGGAACAGCAACCUCAACAGCCGGUGCAAGCUGUCCCCGAGCCGAAGACUCAACCGAUCGAUGAUAGUGAUGAUGACGACGACGACUUUCCUUUUCGGCCCGCCGUACGACAGCAGACCAACAUGACAACGACAGCCGACCAAGAUCGAGAUCGGUACGGGUUCCGGAAGAAGAAUCAAUAUAUCACCGAAGAGCAGUAUGACAAUUGGAAUGGCGGCUAUUCGGAAUAUCUUGCGCGGCGCAAGAAGAAGUGGAACGCGCUACUGAAGGAGAACGGGCUCAUGACGGACAAUCCCAACCGAUUCCCGCCACGUUCAGCAAAGACGAAGCGAUACGUGCGGAAAGGCAUUCCCCCGGAGUGGAGAGGGGCGGCCUGGUUCUACUAUGCUGGCGGUCCAGCCAUUGUUGCCCAGCACGCGGGACUUUACGAUAAUCUACGCAAGAAGACUGCCAAGGCCGUCGACGUGGAGGCGAUUGAGCGCGACCUGCACAGGACCUUCCCGGACAACAUCAAGUUCCGGUCUACACAGCCGGCGACCGGCUCCUCGGAAACAAACACAGCCAAUGGGCCUGCGAGUGCAAGUCAAGAAACGCCCAUGAUUUCCUCGCUACGCCGGGUCCUGCUUGCCUUCGCGAUAUACAAUCCGCGUAUCGGCUACUGCCAGUCGCUCAACUUCCUUGCGGGCCUGCUUCUCCUGUUCGUUGAGAACGAGGAGCAAGCAUUCUGGCUGCUGAAUAUCAUCACGCGCGUCUACUUGCCGGGCACUCACGAGGUUAGCUUGGAAGGGGCCAAUGUUGAUCUUGCAGUGCUCAUGGCCCAGAUCCGGGACACGAUGCCCGCUGUCUGGAACAAGAUUGGCAGCGAGCUGGAUGGCACGGAAGCUGCCCGACCUAGCAGGUCCCUCAGGGGCAAGAAGAAGGCAGAUCUUUCCACCCGGCUGCCUCCCAUCACCCUCUGUAUGACCCCUUGGUUCAUGAGCUGCUUCAUCGGCACCUUACCAAUCGAAAGUGCUCUGCGGGUUUGGGAUGUAUUCUUCUAUGAGGGUUCAAGAACCCUUUUUCGGAUUGCGCUCACAAUCUUCAAGACCGGCGAACCGGAAAUCAAGGCAGUCAAGGAUCCUAUGGAGAUCUUCCAGACUGUUCAGACUAUCCCUCGAAGGCUCAUCGACGCGAAUGUCCUCAUGGAGUCGUGCUUCAAGCGACGAAACGGCUUUGGUCACGUCAGCCAAGAAAGCAUCGAACAGAAGCGGCAAGAACGGCGAGUACUCGUCAACAUGGAGAAGGAAAAGCUGGCUCGCGGCGAUGCCAACGACUUCGAUGCCGCUGAGGCAAAGAGGAAACCCACCAUCUUCAACAGGCGCAAGUGAUGUAGCUGCGCAGUCCUGCCAGGGUUGCAGCAACACUUCGACCAUGACUGGACCUUGGUCUUUUUUUAUUUCUUUUUUUGUUCUACCAUCCACCAACUACAACCAUAGCAUUUCUUUUACACUCUACUUUCACGACCUCACGGCCUGCGGGUGGUAUGAACGGGGAUCCAGGGCAUAUUCAGGGAGAACUACGGGAAAAGAGGCAUCAGCAUUUUUGGCAUUUAAAAAAUCAUUCAGGAGCAUGUACUGUACAAAAGCUUUGUCGUUCUGCAAGACUUUCUGUCAAUUUUCUUUUAUGUUUAGGAAUCACAUCUGUCUAUCAAGGAGGAGCUUUGAUAGACGACCGGACACGACACCAGAUACCAUCAAACGACCUCCAUCGCGAGGCGCGCGCUUCUGAAUCUCAUCUUUUUAUUACUCCUUCUGC